AUGCCUGGGAUACUUAUGAGGAAAAAGUCGCGAAACCCUGUCAUACCUAAGGAGGACAAUGUACUUGGGAAGCUUAUGGAUCUACUACCUCUUUCAAAAGUAAGAAAUAGAGCAGAUCUAUCGGAUCAAAAAUAUCACCUUCAACAAGAUCAAAAGGUUGAGUGUGUAUGA